AUGGAAAAAGAUAGUAUCAUUAGAAAAUCUAAAAGCCCUUGGAGCUCUCCUGUCAUUUUGGUCAAAAAGAAAAAUGGCAAGUUUAGAUUUUGUGUAGAUUUUAGAAAACUAAAUAAUGUGACAAAGAAGGACACCUACCCUCUACCAAGGAUUGAUGACAUGUUGGAUAAUCUUGGUAAUGCUCAAUGGUUCAUGUCUUUAGACUUGACUUCUGGAUAUUGGCAAGUAGAAGUCAAAAAAGAGGACAAGGAAAAGACUGCAUUCAUUACUAAAUAUAGUCUUUAUGAAUUUAAUGUCAUGCCUUUUGGAUUGUGUAAUGCACCAUCUACAUUUCAAAGGCUUAUGGAUGUAGUGUUAAGGCCUGUUCUAUGGAAAAAGGCUAUAGUAUAUAUUGAUGAUAUUAAUAUAUACUCUAUAUCAUUUGAACAACAUAUACUAGAUGUACAAGAGGUGUUUGAAUUAAUUAGACAAGCCAACCUUCGAAUCAACCCAGAAAAAUAUCACUUUUGUACAAAUGAAAUGCAAUUUCUUGGACAUAUAGUUGGUAUUGAUGGAAUCAAACCAGACCCUCAAAAAGUUGAUAAAUUAAACAAUCUCCCCCCUCCUAAAACUAUUACUCAACUCCGAGCCUUUUUAGGCUUAGCAUCUUAUUAUAGACGUUUUAUAGAAGGAUUUUCUACAAAGGCUGGACCUUU